UUCGAUUCCCGGCACCUCUACACCAAAAAAGUCUGCGGGGAGGGCUCCAUUCGCGCCGUCUCCUACAACAUCCUGGCCGAUACCUAUGCCCAGACGGAGUUCUCCCGCACCGUGCUUUACCCGUACUGCGCCCCGUACGCUCUGGAGCUCGACUACCGGCAGAAUCUCCUCAAGAAGGAGCUGGUGGGCUACAGUGCCGACCUCAUCUGCUUGCAAGAAGUGGAUAAGACCGUCUUCGUGGACAGCUUGGCUCCAGCCCUAGAUGCUUUUGGACUCGAAGGGCUUUUCAAGAUUAAGGAGAAGCAGCAUGAAGGCCUGGCCACUUUCUACCGCAGGGACAAGUUCAGUCUCCUCAGCCAGCAUGACAUAGCUUUCAGCGAAGCCUUGCUCUCGGACCCGCUGCACAAGGAACUGUCUGAUAAGCUGGCCAAGUACCCCUUGGUGCAGGAGAAGGUGCUGCAGAGAUCAUCUGUGCUGCAGGUUUCAGUUCUUCAGUCUACAUCAGAUCCUUCCAGGAAGAUUUGUGUAGCUAAUACCCACCUGUACUGGCACCCAAAAGGUGGGAACAUCCGUCUCAUCCAAACUGCUGUGGCCUUGUCUCACAUCAAGCAUAUAGCGUGUGACUUGUAUCCUAGCAUACCAGUCAUAUUCUGUGGAGAUUUUAACAGCACACCAUCAUCUGGAACUUACAGUUUCAUUAACACUGGUGGCAUUGCUGAAGAGCAUGAGGACUGGGUCUCUAACGGUGAAGAAGAGAGGUGCAAUAUGCCUCUAAGCCACCCUUUCAAACUGCUGAGUGCUUGCGGAGAACCUGCUUAUACAAACUACGUUGGUGGAUUUCAUGGGUGUCUGGACUACAUUUUCAUCGACAGAAAUGCACUAGAGGUUGAACAGGUCAUUCCAUUGCCAAGUCACGAAGAAGUAACAACCCACCAGGCUUUGCCAAGUGUUUCACAUCCUUCUGAUCAUAUAGCACUAAUAUGUGACUUGAAGUGGAAAUAGAUCAGCUCUCGCAUGGAGCUUUAGGGGGUUUUCAAACAAUGAAUUUAAUUUACUGCUGGGAAACUGAGGU